AUGGUGACGGCUUGUGACCACACAUUCUCCUCCUUCGCUUCUAGUAGUUUCUGGCUUCUGCUUGUUUCAAGGCUUCUGCCCUGAGCUGUUGUGAGGGGAAGGACGCGGGAAGUCUCUGACCUGACACUAUGGGGGAAGGAAAAGGCGACAGCUUCGACGGUGUGAGCACCGACCGCCUUAAAAUGGAGUUGCUGGAAGAAAUCCACUUGAAGGAAGUAGUGCAACUCUCAUUGCUUGAAAUAAGACACAAGAUAGCAGAACUGGAAGCCAAACUCAAUAGUGACUAUGAAGAUGAGAAACUGAGCCACAAAAAAGGUGGUGAAUGGAAAACCCGUUAUGAGACACAACUGGAACUGAAUGAUCAACUAGAAAAGCAAAUUGUUUCUCUCAAAGAGAAAAUGGCAAAAAUGCGUGGCAAUCCUUCAGAUAGACUAUCUUCUAUUCGUGUCUAUGAACAAAUGCCAGUGGAAUCCUUAAAUACAUUACUUAAACAGCUAGAAAAAGAAAAAAGGAGUCUUGAAAAUCAAGUGAAAGACUAUGCACUUAGACUGGAACAAGAAUCAAAGGCCUACCACAAGACCAACAAUGAACGCCGUACAUACUUAGCUGAAAUGUCUCAGGUCUCUGGCUCAUAUCAAGUUUCUAAAAAGCAACAGAUGGAUCAACUGCCUAGAAUGAAAGAGAAUCUAGUGAAAACGGGAAGAUAUAAUCCAGUUAAUCAGAAGACAAUGAAUGCCAAGAGAGGACCAACAAAAAAGGUUACAAGAUCAAACCAUCUUCCAAAACUCAAUCCAUGAUUCCAGAACUUGUGGAUUUCUAUUUCUUCGGUUUUUUUUUCCCCAUCUAUAAUAUUCAACUUUUGAAAUUAAUGUUCAACACAUUUUCCAGGAAAUGAAAUAGAAAAGAAAGAAUAGCCAAACUUCUUUUUAGAUCCUUUUCCAGAGGUUUGUUCCUUUGUCUGCAUGAAUGUAAUUUUCUCUAGUGACCCUAAAAUAUCUAAUAGAAGUAUUUGUGAUUUUUGAAAUAUCCUAGGAAAUCUGAAGGUUCGCAUCAUUACACUUGCUUUUAAUAAUAUCCAUGUUCUGCUCUGAUAGUAA